AUGAAUCGCAUACCUCCUUCAGAGGGGCCUCCUGUGCCGCCUCCGCAUGGCGUCUACGAGCACGCAUGGGCACGCCCACCCUAUCCGCCCUCGUUCGACAACCAUCCAAGCCACGCGCCAGACCGUCGCCCUUCAAAUGGCCAGACUCCGAUUCCUAGUCAAGGAUAUCCUCACGCGCCUUUGAAUCGAGAGCUUCCACAAUUACCCCCCGAUGGGCCAUAUCGCCCGAAUGGCUUGCCAGGCACAGGGCAUCCGCACGCCCACCCUCCUCACUCACAGGACCCAACUCCUCCCCCGCACGUGGGCUAUCGUCCUCCCAUGAAUGGAGGACCUCAUGAGUCGCCGCCGCAUUCUGCACCGCCCGAGUACCGCUCGCGCAUGAGCUUCCAGUCUGAGGCGUCUGGGGCCAGCGAGGCUACCCCCACGUCCGGACCACCCCCGGCGUCCUACAUGCCUCCCGGCCCGCCGGUAGCUUCCGGCACACCAAUUCCGUACGACGCGGGAUAUUACUCAAAUCCGGCCUAUGGAGCUCGUCAACGCAAGGCGACUCGCGCUCAACAGGCCUGUGAUCAAUGUCGAGCGCGCAAGGCAAAAUGUGACGAAGGACGACCGGCUUGCAGUCAUUGCAAGGAAAACAACUUGGUCUGUGUGUACAAAGAGGUGCCGCCACAUAAGCAAGAGAAGAGUGCUCAGCUGGUUAUGGAUCGUAUUCUGGAGCUCGAAGAUAAGAUGAAUGAACGGUUCGACAGUCUGAACAAGAUACGACAAUCGCAAGACUCCGCAUACAAAGAGCAGGUGAAACAACGCCAGAUGCUGGCCGAAAUCAUCGCGGCAAUUGGAGGUCCAGGCGCAUCGCGGUUGUCUUAUGCAUCCUCCAAGCCUCUGGCCACGCUGCAUGCCACGCAAAUGCCUAUUACUUCCAACCUCGGAAUGUCCCAAGACACACUGAUGAAGACAGAGGCGACACCAACAGAAGUCAUUGAUGAAGUGCCUGCGUCCACAUCCUUCUACUCACAGGCCAGCCUUGAUCCUGUUCAAUCGCAGAUCGCGAAUGCGGGUUUCGAGGAGACCGCCCAGAAUGACAAUGAAGGGGAGCUGUCAAUUCCCGUAGAGCAUACCACGGCCGCCCAUAAGCUUUUGAUGUGGCCCACCAUCAAGCGUUUGCUGAAUGCAGACUAUGAUGAGGACUACGUCAUGCGAUUGGAGGAACAGCGUGGUCUCAUCAGCGUAUACGGACAAGGAGAAAUAUCAUACACGGCCGACGACACGCUUCUACCGACGCCGCCUCUGCCGGAAGAUGAUGGCGGCUACAAUGAGAAGUCUUCGAAUCCGGAUGGAACCUCCAAGGCUAUGAGCUCGGCAUCACCCAUUGACGCCGAUGCGGAUAUCGAUCGGACGGGAUUGCUCAAGCUCGACGCAAAAACCGCUCACCGGUAUUUCCAGAGCUACCUCAAUCGCAUGCACAAAUUGCACCCGUUCCUGUGGCAGCAGGAAUUGGAAAUAAAGGUGGACGCGUUUAUUCGAUGCUACUGCCCCCGAACGUCCUCACCCUCAUCGGAGUCUAGCACCCUCUGCCGCGACAAGAAGCGAAAACGCUCCUACGAAGAUUUGCAGGGAGCUCGAGGCACCUCGGCCGACCCCGCCUCGGCGUCUGCGCGCCCAAGGGUCGGACAAAAUAUUGACAACGCCAUCAUUCUUCUGGUGUUUGCUAUUGGCGCUAUCUGUGAGCACAAGUCCCCGCUCCCGGGUCCGAUCAUGGACCAGCAGGAGAUUCACGACUACCGAAAGCAACCCAUCCCCGCAGCUCUGGGGCCGCUGCCGCCCCGUCCGCCCAUGCCCCCUGUCAGCGGCGCAGCACACUCGGCGAACGGCGUUCUAUCACCACCAAAUUCAGACUCCAUCGUCCCUCAUAAUUCUGCAUAUGCGCCGCACUUCCAACACAUUCCGACCUAUGGGCAGGAGCAAAAGCAAAAUCUUUCCAGACGAACCAUCUCCGCCACCAAGAAUGAGUACGGUCACGUCAAGAAUCUCGAAGUGAUACCUGGGUUAGCCCUCUACGGUUAUGCCACGACGAUUCUGGGAUUACUGCAAGGAGGCGUUGAGCUCCCGCAUGUUCAGGCCGGCUUACUCGCCGGUCUGUACGCGGGUCAGCUGGCUCACCCUUUCCAAAGUCAUGGGUGGAUAUGCCAAGCUGCCCGGGCCUGUCAAGUUCUCGUCCGCCAGAAGCGAUACGAGCGACUUCCCGAAGGCCGUACUCAAGAUCUCUUCAACUUUGCUUACUGGACAUGUCUGCAGCUGGAGAGUGAUUUGCUGGCAGAGCUGGAUAUUCCAGCGAGUGGAAUCUCUCGCUCCGAAGGCCGAAUCAACCUACCCAAGGGUCGCUUUACGAUCGACGUUCCAGACGACUUGGAAGCGCCCAGCACUCGUAUGAUGCUGUUCUACUCGGCCCAGAUCCACCUCCGCAAAGUUCUGAAUCGUGUCCACACCGAUCUUUACAAGGUGGACAAGCAGGGUGAAACAGGUCGGUGGUCGUCGAGUGUCCAAGAAACGCUCAGCAUGAACUUGGAGCUUUGGCGAAGAAGCCUGCCGGCCACUAUGAAUUGGAAGGACACCGAUCCCCCUGCGACCGACAUCAAUGCCGCUCGAAUGCGUGCCAAAUACUACGGUGCCCGCUAUAUCAUUCAUCGCCCGCUGCUCUACCACGUCCUCCACUACGGCCAGACUGGUGCCCGCAUCAGCACAUUAGCCAAGCCCACGGCUGCGGCCGAGUCCCCGAGUGGCUCCACCUCCCAAUCUCAACCUCAGCAAAUGUCCCCUUUGAUGGCACAGACAUCCCGCCGGACGGGGAGCUCGCACAUGCAGCGGAUGCUGAGCGAUGUGGGAUCUGCCCCCAGUAGUCUCUCCUCAUCCUACUCAAAUGGCUGGACACCGCCCAUCGCCCCUUCUCGUGACCUGCGGGACAAGUUGUGGCGCGCCUGCAAAGUUUGUGUGGAUUCGGCCAUUCUUAGUACCAUAGCCUUUGAUGGCGUUGAGGAUCGGCUUGUGGUGACGAAUAUUUUUGGCACAGCUCACGCUCAAUUUGGUAACAUGCUCGUUCUAUCUGCCACUUACAACUCCAGCCUCUCGGACCUGGUCGAGCGCGACGUUCUCGAACGGCUGCUCAAGCGCACCAUCAAGUUUCUGCUCCGCAGCCAGAACAUCUCGCCUACUCUGAGGGCGGAUGCUCGAAUCUUGACAGAGAUCUAUACCAAGAUCUUCCAUCAGGAACCGGACCUUACCACCUAA